ACCGCGCUUGUGUCUGUGCUGUGAUCGGCCCUGGUAGAUUACAACUUGACGAGAAUCAGCUCUGCUCGGGCAGAGAGUCACGUGGUAGAGAGGUUGCCUGUUACUUGAGGUUCAUCUCCGCGGGCGAGAGGGGAGGAAGGGGAGGCGCGGCCGGCGUCGACGGGAUAGACGUCAUGCCGAACCGCGACUUCCUGGCUCUCGAGUCUGUCCCCCGUCGGGCAGCCACGCAUCGAUGCUCACCUCAGGUAGGCGCCGCCUCGUGUCAUUACAUAAGAUGAUGCGUGCAAAAGGAAGUCCCGUCUCUAGCCUCUCCUUUUCUCCCGUCUUCGAUGUCCCGACCUCAUCGUAGCCGAAUCCCACGUCGUGUCUCCUCGUUCUCCCAGGCAGCGUCCCGCUCAUCUAUACGCCGAGCCAAUGUCGAUUAUCCAUCUAGCAUUCUAAGUAGUUAUACGCUAGCCUCUAUAUAUCGUUUGUUUUUUAUUCUCGGGUGUCGUUGAUCAGUACCAGCGUUAUCCUUAUCAUACCGUCAGAAGACGUUCGUCGGACAACCUCAUGUCGAGCUGGUCCGAUACGGAUGUGGGAGACCAUAUCUAUGGCUUCCCUCCCGGAGGAGAGCAGGGUGAAUUCGUUCGAAAUACUAUCGACGAUAUCAGCAACCCCCUCCAAGACCGUAGCUCCCGUUACUCUCCUUUUCACGCGUACAGUGAUGUAGACAGGGGUGGGAGACUGAUGAAUCCGCUGUACGACUCUCAAGAGGAUGGCCAGGACCUCGAUCACUUUGAUCGUGAAUUGCUCGGCCGAUCGCAGAGAUCCUUCUGCCGUUCCAAUCCAGAGCACCACGACCAGCGCCUAUCGUUACCCUUCACCUACACUUCCGACCAGCAACGACGGGUAACGGGGGGGUUUGGUCGCCAGUCUACAGUUCCUGUGCCGCGAGGCCUUGAUUUUCGGCCGCUAUCCCCAAGCGACCCCGCCCUCGCUGACAUAUUUGAAUCAAGUCCGGUAUCCCGCUCGAUGUUGGGUCGUGAUGGCUCGCACAAACCGCGAGAGCUUCAGCCUGGGAUACAGACAGCCACGCCCUCACUCUAUAGAUCUUCGGAUCCGACCCCGUCGCUUGAAAACACACUCGCCAGCAGUUCGCCCACAAAUGUUGGAGCAUCCAGCCCUGCUACACGCAUCAGCCUUAAGCGACUGUCCGAAGUAUCCGAUGGCCCUCUUGCAAAGCCCCGAUGGGCGAGCAAGUCGAAGUUUGAUCUUGACCAUGCGCCGGAGGGACCACCGAUCACCAACGGCACCCGUCUAAUUGAUCCACGGCAAGCAUUGCCUGACAAGUGUCGAAGCGUAUUCCCUUAUGAGCUAUUCAAUGUAGUGCAGUCCAAAUGUUUCCCGCUCGUAUACGGUACGAAUGACAAUGUCGUCGUAUCUGCCCCUACAGGGUCUGGGAAGACAGCGAUCCUGGAAAUGGCCAUUUGCAAGCUUGCCAUGAGCCCGGGCGGUGAGAACUUUAAGAUUGUCUAUCAGGCUCCAACAAAGUCCUUAUGCUCGGAACGAGCACGGGACUGGGAGAAGAAAUUCAACCAUAUGAGCUUGCGGUGCGUCGAACUCACCGGUGAUACUUCCCACGCCCAGGCCAGCCGGGUGGGGACUGCGUCGAUAAUUGUCACAACUCCCGAGAAGUGGGAUUCAAUUACAAGGAAGUGGUCGGAUCACCGAAAGCUACUGGAGAUGAUUCGCGUAGUCCUUAUUGACGAGGUACAUAUUUUGAAGGAUGCCCGCGGUGCCACGUUGGAGGCUGUGGUUUCGCGUAUGAAGACCAUUGGUGCCAAUGUCCGUUUCGUGGCUUUAAGCGCUACCGUCCCAAACAUCGACGACAUCGCGAAGUGGCUCGGCCGAGAUCAUUCGAACCAAGAGGAGCCAGCCAGAUACGAAGCUUUCGGCGAGGAGUUGCGGCCUGUCAAACUGCGGCGAUAUGUCUACGGUUACGAUGGGUCUCCCAAUGAUUUCGUGUUCGAAAAGUCGCUGGACGGGAAGUUGGCUCUACUACUCGCUAAACAUUCAGAGAAGAAGCCGGCCAUGGUAUUUUGCUUCACUAGGAAGUCGUGCGAGAGCACCGCUCGGAAGCUUGCAGAGUGGUGGUCGACGUGUGCAGCAGGGGACAGAGCCUGGCCGGCGCCAGCGAGACGAGUUCCCAUCGUCGGAGGAGAAUUGCAGGAAGUAGUACGGUGCGGUGUUGCUUUCCAUCACGCAGGCCUCGAAGCCCAGGAUAGAUCGACGGUAGCUCAGAGCUUUCUCGACGGCCAGAUCCACGUUAUAUGCUGCACAUCGACACUUGCAGUUGGCGUGAACUUGCCCUGCCAUACUGUGGUUCUGAAGGGGACGGUGGGAUACUCGGAAGAUAAGCUCCGAGAAUACUCGGAUAUAGAGGUUAUGCAAAUGCUCGGUCGUGCUGGCCGGCCGCAGUUCGACGAUGCUGCCGUGGCCAUAAUCAUGACGAGAUCAGGCAAUGCUAGCCGAUACAAGCGGAUGAUAUCCGGAGAGGAGACCCUGGAAAGCACGCUGCACCGAAACCUAGUUGAACAUCUCAACUCCGAAAUCAGCUUAGGCACCAUCCAGAACGUCCAAACCGCGAAGAGAUGGAUCGGAGGCACGUUUUUGAGCGUGCGGGUUCGUCGAUCGCCUGCCCUAUAUAACCUCGGCGAGGCUCGAAAUGCCCAAGACGCAGAAAAUACCAUGGAAGAAUGGUGCGAGCGGGACGUGGAGUUAUUGCAGCAAUCCGAGCUCGUAACUGCAGAGACGCCGUUUAAGUGUACCGAGUAUGGACACGCCAUGUCUAGAUAUAUGAUCAGCUUCGAGACUAUGAAGCUGCUUCUAUCAAUUCCUCGCGGCGCGCAACUCGAGGAAAUUCUUACUGCGAUCUGCCAGGCCGUCGAGUUCAAGGAUUUCCGUUUUAAGCCCGAGGAACGUGCUCUUUUCCGGGACUUGAACAAGUCACCGUUUCUCCUCCAUCCGAUCAAGGGGACAUUGACACAAACAUGGCAUAAGAUAUUUCUCAUGGUUCAGAUCCACCUCGGGGGAGUGGAAUUGCCAAACAAGAAGGAAUAUAAUACAUUCCGAUAUCGGAUCGCGACGGACAAGAAUGCCAUAUUCGAUCGCCUGAAUCGCCUAGUCCGCUGUCUGGUUGAUUGUAAAGCUUUUGACGGCGACGGUACGAGUACGCACGCGGGCCUAGAGCUGCUCCGCGCCGUUACCGCGAAUUCGUGGGAGGGCAAACCCUCACAGCUCUCCCAGAUCCCUGGAUCCGGCCCGGUAACGGUGCGCAAAUGGGUCAGCCAUGGGAUCCAUACGGUAUUGGAGCUAGCAGAUAGAGACUUCGACGAGAUAGAGCGUAUCUCGAGUCGAAACCCGCCGUACGGGAAGAACCUCUUGAAGACGCUGGAGAACUUUCCCCGGCUGACCCUGAGAGCACAAAUCAUCGCCGCCGCCAGUACGGAUCGGCCCCAACACGGAGACUCCGUGCCGAUUGCGCUGAAAGUAAACCUUGGGUACUGUAAUACCAAGGGGACGCCAAAUUGGAAUAACAGAGUUCCAGCUGUCACAUUCUUGGUCUUGACGACGGAUGGGAACCUCGCGUAUAUUUGGCGUGGCAACUUGAAGAACAUCGAACAGUCUACAGGCUUCGAUCUCAAAUUUCCGGUACCGCUUAGUGGCCCAGGCCAAAAAAUCUCUUGCUAUUUCAGCUGCGACGAGAUUGUAGGCACGCAAAUUACAAAAACGGUCAAGCCCGACGUACCGGCAGCAGCAUUCGAUCUCACCAAUACUCACUUACCAGACAGCCGAACCCAAGUCAUAAAAACGGUAGGAGAUGACAUGGACUACAGUGAUAUCCCCGACGAGGAUAUGCUGAAUGCCGAUCAAAAUCCCGACAGCAAUGACGGUGAAUGUCGACGUCCGUCGGAAGCUGCUGAAGAUAACCGCUCGCCCUUUGACAAGUCAAUGUCACAAAAUACGAGCACCUUAGCACCCGGGCCCCUCAAGAUGGCGAAUGGGAAGUGGAUGUGCAAUCAUUAUUGUCGCAACGGAGGUCUUAUCGCAGCAGGCAGGCUAUGCAAUCAUAAAUGUUGUCAUGAAGGGAUCGACAAACCGCGUCCAGUACCGCUGGGGAAGAAGGACAGGAGCACUUCGGCGAGCCAUGCUGUUACGGAAGCCAAUUUCAUCGGCGGACCAAAGACCAAACCUCUACAGGCCUCCUGGGCCGCUCCGAGUAUCAGGGGUGGUGAAGACGACCACAAGGGGUCAACCAGGUCAGAGCCCGCCACUAAUCCUGAGAGUCGCAAUUUAGGUCGCGAGGACAAACUUGCUCGGUAUAUACCUUGCGACACAGACGACCCUGCAUCUACUUUGUCGAAUGUCGCUAGGAAACGUUCGUCUGGUGAGGACGACGAUGGGCCGAGGUUGACGAAGAGAACGAUGAAAACCCGGCAGUCCGACUUAUCAAGUAUGGGAACGCUUUCGGAUAUUGAAUGCAUCGACCUCUCUGGAGUAUCGGGAAAUAAUGGACCUGCUCUUCACUCAAAGAUACCACAUCCCUCCGGGAAGAAAAGGGCAAAGCAACUAUACCCUCGUGGCAACGAAGAACCCCGUGGCAACGAAGAAAACGCGGAAAAUUCAUCCGCUACUCUAGAGAAUUGUGACCCCAAGGCUAUCCACAAUUCAUCUCAGACGCCUUAUAGCGUAGCAGCACCGCCAUCCUAUGGCCCGGCCGAACUAACGUCGAGCCACGACGAUUCUAAUCUGCACCACGAUAGCGACGUCUUCGAAGAUGACGAAUUCCCCGACCUAGAAAGUCUCGUACAGCUUGUCAAACCGGUAGAUUGUGGGAUGGUAAAAAAGGGGAAUUUAGACGAGACUCUCUACCCCGGUGUGGUUCAAACUCUCAGGGAGAGCAUAGAUCAUGGUUAGGAACCGGAUCUUAGCUUCACUACUGUCAACGAGUUACAAAAGGCGUCUGAACGACUUGAUCUAUAUCCUGCCGGUUCUUCGCCGCAAAAUGCCUGCGGAAAAUUAAGCCCUCCGGCGCCGGAAAGGUCCGCCGGAAAAUCGAAUUCACCUUCUCUAGACUCACACGAAACUAUCCCAAUGUCGUCAUCCCCAGCAAUUAGGGAUCGCCCGGGCCUGCCAUUCGAUCCAGAUACUCUAGCACAUGACACGGGCGAACCUGAAUGGCUAUCCGAGUUUGACCCAGAGUUGAUCGAUGGUCUCCGCGGUUGUGUUAACUUUGUCGAUUCAUAGACCUUCUAUUGAGGGGGCAAGGGGUGAUGGGAGGACUGGGUCUCACGUAUAGGAGGCGUAGAUGGUUAUCCAACGAGCUACAAAUAGCUGAGUCUUGCAUUGGGGGACAGCUAAAGAUAGAAUGAUACCUCAAGAGGAAGGGGAUUUGCGGUGCGGGAACCACGUCGAUGCUUAAUAAGGGGUGCAUACCUAGUAAUACUGAUAACCAAGAGGCAGAUGUGACACAACGUGGAGGUUAUUAACUGAAGUCAGAAAUGUGACUGACUACGCACGCCAAAACUCGUCUCGAUGAAGUCUUCAAAAAUAUCGAAAUUCCUCCCACAAACGAAAGAA